GAGGGGACCCAGGGGCUCUACAACCUCCAGGUCCCGCUAGGCGGCGGGGACGGCUGCAGCGGGGCGCAGAGCCGGGAAGGGACGCGGAGGGGGGAGCGGAGGCAGCAGGAGGAGGAGCAAAGGUGUUGGAGAGAAAACUUCUGAAAGAAACAGGAAACCUGCCGGGGAGGCGGCGGCUGCGGCUUCUCGGCGCGGCGCGGCUGAGCACGCCGUGGGGUGUCGGCAGCUCCGACUUCGCUCCUGCCGGGCUGCCGGGCGCGGGGGCAGGGCUGAGCCGGACACCCGGUUUCUCCCGCCGUGCUCUCCGCCGCCGUUCACCGCCGCUGCCGUCCUGCGCUGCAGUCCGCUUCUGCCUCGGCAGCUCCCGGAGAAAGGCGCAGGGAAGAGGAGGGACGUCCACUCUGGAAUAUGAAGCAGCAUGUCCGAUAAAAUGUCAAGCUUCCUCUACAUAGGGGACAUCGUGUCUCUGUACGCGGAGGGCUCGGUCAACGGCUUCAUCAGCACCCUGGGAGGGACCAGCGGAAGCAUCCAACUACUGCUCCAUCUUGGCCCUGCCUGCAGGUUGGUGGAUGAUAGAUGUGUGGUACACCCAGAGGCGGGGGACCUUACCAACCCUCCCAAGAAGUUUAGAGACUGCCUUUUCAAGGUGUGCCCCAUGAACCGGUAUUCUGCCCAGAAACAAUACUGGAAAGCCAAGCAAGCCAAACAAGGGAACCACACAGAAGCAGCCUUGCUGAAGAAAUUACAACAUGCUGCAGAACUGGAACAAAAACAAAAUGAAUCAGAGAAUAAGAAACUGUUGGGAGAAAUUGUGAAGUACAGUAAUGUUAUACAACUACUGCAUAUAAAAAGCAACAAAUAUCUGACUGUCAAUAAGAGAUUACCUGCUUUACUGGAGAAGAAUGCCAUGCGCGUGUCUUUGGAUGCUGCGGGCAAUGAAGGGUCUUGGUUUUAUAUUCAUCCCUUCUGGAAGCUGAGAAGUGAGGGUGACAAUAUUGUUGUAGGAGAUAAAGUUGUUUUGAUGCCAGUGAAUGCAGGACAGCCACUACAUGCCAGCAACAUUGAGCUUCUCGAUAACCCAGGAUGCAAAGAGGUGAAUGCUGUUAAUUGCAACACUAGCUGGAAAAUUACUUUAUUCAUGAAAUAUAGUUCCUAUCGAGAGGAUGUAUUAAAAGGAGGUGACGUUGUUAGACUGUUUCACGCAGAGCAAGAGAAGUUUCUGACUUGCGAUGAAUAUGAGAAAAAACAGCACAUUUUCCUUCGUACAACCUUGCGUCAAUCAGCCACUUCUGCUACUAGUUCCAAAGCACUCUGGGAAAUAGAGGUGGUUCAUCAUGACCCAUGCCGUGGGGGUGCAGGACAGUGGAACAGCUUGUUUAGAUUUAAGCAUCUUGCAACUGGGAACUAUUUGGCUGCAGAGAGAGAAGGAGACCUCCCAACUUCAAAGAAAAAACGCCAAGCAGGGGAGAAGAUCAUGUACACUUUGGUCUCAGUCCCACAUGGAAAUGACAUUGCAUCUCUUUUUGAACUGGAUGCCACAACUCUUCAGAGAGCUGACUGCCUGGUUCCAAGGAACUCAUAUGUUCGGUUAAGGCAUUUAUGUACCAACACAUGGGUAACCAGUACCAGCAUCCCCAUAGACACAGAUGAAGAGAGGCCUGUUAUGUUGAAGAUUGGAACAUGCCAAACAAAAGAAGAUAAAGAAUUUCCAGUGUUUCAGUUCUUAAUAUUUAUUUUUCCAAAAUUAAACAUACCACAGAGUAAAAUUUCCUUUUCAAUUUAUGAUAGGUUUGUAACCAAAUUACUAGAAGACCUCAUCUUCUUUGCUGCUGAUGUGCCUAAUAAUGGACAAGAAGUUCUGGACGUGCUUAUUACUAAGCCAAACCGAGAACGUCAAAAAUUAAUGAGGGAACAAAAUAUAUUGGCACAGGUAUUUGGGAUUCUUAAAGCGCCCUUUAAGGAGAAAGCAGGAGAAGGCUCAAUGCUGAGGCUUGAAGAUCUGGGGGACCAAAGAUAUGCUCCCUACAAGUACCUGCUGCGGCUCUGCUACCGGGUUCUGAGACAUUCUCAGCAGGACUACCGGAAAAAUCAGGAAUAUAUUGCUAAGAAUUUCUGUGUCAUGCAGUCCCAGAUUGGCUACGAUAUUUUGGCAGAAGAUACCAUCACAGCUUUGUUGCACAACAACAGAAAACUGCUAGAGAAACAUAUCACAGCAAAAGAAAUAGAAACAUUUGUCAGUUUACUCAGGAGAAAUCGGGAGCCAAGAUUUUUAGAUUAUUUAUCAGAUCUGUGUGUGUCUAACACCACUGCGAUACCUGUAACUCAAGAACUCAUCUGUAAAUUUAUGUUGAGUCCAGGCAAUGCAGACAUUCUCAUCCAAACUAAGGUGGUCUCCAUGCAAGUAGACAACCCCAUGGAGAGCUCCAUUCUCUCAGAAGAUAUUGAUGAUGAAGAAGUUUGGCUCUACUGGAUCGACAGCAACAAGGAACCUCAUGGCAAAGCCAUCAGGCAUCUUGCUCAAGAGGCAAAAGAAGGCACCAAAGCUGAUUUAGAAGUUCUUACCUAUUACAGGUACCAGCUAAACCUCUUUGCGAGAAUGUGCUUGGAUCGCCAGUAUCUGGCCAUAAACCAGAUUUCUACACAGCUGUCCGUAGAUUUGAUCCUGCGGUGUGUGUCGGAUGAGAGCCUGCCAUUUGACCUCCGAGCAUCUUUUUGUCGCCUCAUGCUUCACAUGCACGUUGACCGGGAUCCCCAAGAGUCUGUGGUGCCUGUUCGUUAUGCCAGGCUCUGGACGGAAAUUCCCACUAAGAUCACGAUUCACGAAUAUGAUUCUAUAACAGACUCUUCAAGAAAUGAUAUGAAGAGGAAAUUUGCCCUGACAAUGGAAUUUGUUGAGGAAUACUUGAAAGAAGUUGUAAAUCAGCCCUUUCCUUUUGGGGAUAAAGAAAAAAACAAACUGACAUUUGAGGUGGUCCACUUGGCUCGGAAUCUUAUAUACUUUGGUUUUUAUAGUUUCAGUGAGUUAUUAAGGCUGACAAGAACACUUCUGGCUAUCUUAGAUAUUGUACAAGUCCCCAUGUCAUCAUAUUUUGAAAGACUAAGCAAAUUUCAAGAUGGAGCUAUUGUUCCUGAUAUAGAUGAAAUAGCAGCUCAGGCAGAAACUAUGUUUGCUGGAAGAAAGGAAAAAAAUCCAGUUCAACUUGAUGAUGAAGGUGGCAGGACGUUUUUACGGGUACUUAUCCAUCUGAUCAUGCUCGACUACCCUCCUUUGCUGUCAGGAGCCUUGCAGCUGCUGUUCAAGCACUUCAGCCAGAGAGCAGAAGUUUUACAAGCAUUUAAACAGUAUGUAAAUACUAUGGUUUUCAGUACUAUUUUUACUGUUUCUCUAUGUUAUGUGCUGCUUUUUAACUUACAGAAUGAUGAAAAGAUGAAUGAAGUAAUGAAUCUCGCCCACACAUUCCUGCAGAAUUUCUGUCGGGGAAACCCACAGAAUCAGAUUCUUCUUCAUAAACAUCUGAAUUUGUUUUUAACUCCUGGUCUUCUUGAAGCAGAAACCAUGAGGCACAUCUUCAUGAACAAUUACCAUCUGUGCAAUGAAAUUAGCGAGAGAGUCGUCCAACACUUUGUGCACUGCAUCGAGACACAUGGCCGCCACGUGGAGUACCUGAGGUUUUUGCAAACGAUUGUAAAAGCAGAUGGUAAAUAUGUAAAGAAAUGCCAGGAUAUGGUAAUGACAGAGUUGAUAAAUGGAGGUGAAGAUGUGCUGAUAUUUUACAAUGAUCGAGCAUCAUUUCCCAUCCUUCUCAAUAUGAUGUGUUCAGAGAGAGACCGGGGUGAUGAGAGUGGCCCCUUAGCCUACCACAUCACACUUGUGGAAUUACUGGCAGCAUGCACAGAGGGGAAAAAUGUCUACACUGAAAUCAAGUGCAAUUCCCUUCUGCCCCUGGAUGACAUAGUCAGGGUGGUGACCCACGAUGACUGCGUCCCCGAGGUUAAAAUUGCUUAUGUGAACUUUGUUAAUCAUUGUUACGUUGACACCGAAGUGGAAAUGAAAGAAAUCUACACUAGUAAUCACAUUUGGAAAUUAUUCGAGAACUUCCUGGUAGAUAUGGCAAGGGUAAGCAUUUUGUUACCUUAUCAGGGUGUUAAUGGUUUAUUGGCACUAUUUAUCUUAAUUUCUUCCUGUUGUCAGACACAUCAGCCAGUCUUUAUUCAGCUGCUACAGUCUGCCUUCAGAAUUUACAACUGCACUUGGCCAAACCCGGCACAGAAAGCCUCAGUGGAGUCCUGUAUUAGAACUUUGGCUGAAGUGGCAAAGAAUCGUGGAAUUGCCAUUCCAGUAGAUUUGGACAGCCAAGUCAAUACCGUCUUCAUGAAGAGCCAUUCGAACAUGGUACAAAGAGCAGCCAUGGGUUGGAGAUUGUCUGCUCGCUCUGGACCACGCUUUAAGGAAGCUCUUGGAGGGCCUGCAUGGGAUUAUAGAAAUAUAAUAGAAAAGUUACAGGAUGUAGUGGCCUCCUUGGAGCAGCAGUUCAGCCCGAUGAUGCAGGCUGAGUUCUCAGUGUUGAUCGAUGUAUUGUACAGUCCAGAACUACUGUUUCCUGAGGGAAGUGAUGCAAGAAUAAGAUGUGGCGCUUUCAUGUCCAAGUUGAUUAAUCAUACAAAGAAGCUAAUGGAGAAAGAAGAAAAGCUGUGCAUUAAAAUUCUUCAGACAUUACGAGAAAUGUUGGAGAAGAAAGACAGCUUUAUGGAAGAGGGUAACACAUUAAGAAAAAUACUCCUCAAUCGAUAUUUUAAAGGUGAUUAUGGAGUUACUGUGAACGGACAUCUAUCAGGAGCCUACUCCAAAAGUACACAAGUGGGAGGAAGCUUUUCUGGACAAGAUUCAGAUAAGAUGAGGAUAUCAGUGUCAGAUAUUCAAUGUCUUCUGGAUAAAGAAGGUGCAUCUGAACUCGUCAUUGAUGUUAUAGUGAACACCAAAAAUGACAGAAUAUUUUCAGAAGGCAUUUUGCUUGGCAUUGCAUUACUUGAAGGAGGAAAUACACAAACACAGUAUUCUUUCUACCAGCAGUUGCAUGAACAAAAAAGGUCAGAAAAAUUCUUCAAAGUUCUAUAUGACCGAAUGAAGGCUGCUCAGAAAGAGAUAAGAUCAACAGUGACGGUUAAUACCAUAGACUUAGGUAGCAAAAAAAGGGACGAUGACAAUGAAUUGAUGACGUCUGGCCCAAGAAUGAGAGUAAGAGAUUCAUCAUUAUAUUUAAAAGAGGGAAUGAAAGGGCAGCUAACAGAAGCAUCUUCAGCAACAUCCAAAGCAUAUUGUGUAUACAGAAGAGAAAUGGAUCCAGAAAUAGACAUUAUGUGCGCAGGACCAGACGCAGGAAAUGCUGAGGAAAAGUCUGCAGAGGAAGUAACGAUGAGUCCUGCAAUUGCCAUUAUGCAACCAAUUCUGAGAUUUCUUCAGUUACUGUGUGAGAACCACAAUCGGGAACUGCAGAACUUCUUGAGGAAUCAAAACAACAAAACAAAUUACAACCUUGUCUGUGAGACUCUUCAGUUUUUGGACUGCAUUUGUGGAAGUACAACUGGCGGCCUGGGCCUGUUAGGUCUCUACAUCAAUGAGAAGAAUGUAGCUCUGGUCAAUCAGACCCUGGAGAGCUUAACUGAGUACUGCCAGGGCCCAUGCCAUGAAAAUCAGACUUGUAUUGCUACUCAUGAAUCUAAUGGGAUUGACAUCAUCAUUGCUUUGAUUUUAAAUGACAUAAACCCUCUUGGUAAAUACCGAAUGGACCUGGUUCUCAAACUAAAGAACAAUGCCUCCAAGCUUUUGCUGGCCAUUAUGGAGAGCAGACAUGACAGCGAGAACGCAGAAAGAAUUCUUUUUAACAUGAGGCCCAGGGAACUGGUGGAUGUGAUGAAGAAUGCCUAUAACCAGGGAUUAGAAUGUGAUCAUGGGGAUGACGAGGGCGGAGAUGAUGGCAUUUCCCCAAAAGACGUUGGACACAAUAUCUACAUUCUGGCCCACCAGGUAGCACAUUUUAUAUUUUUAUAUAUAUAUGUGUGUGUGUAUACAUACAUAUAUGUAUAUGUUAUUGUUCGUCAUGAUAGGACCAUGGAACAAAUAGUUUUUCCUGUCCCUAAUAUAUGUGAAUACCUCACUCGGGAGUCCAAGUGCCGUGUGUUCAAUACAACGGAAAGGGAUGAACAAGGAAGUAAGGUGAAUGACUUUUUCCAGCAAACAGACGAUCUCUACAAUGAAAUGAAGUGGCAGAAGAAGAUCAGGAAUAACCCUGCACUGUUCUGGUUCUCAAGACACAUCUCUCUCUGGGGGAGCAUUUCCUUCAACCUGGCCGUGUUCAUCAAUUUAGCUGUUGCCCUCUUCUACCCAUUUGGGGAUGAUGGAGAUGAAGGUACACUUUCUCCAUUGUUCUCAGUUCUUCUUUGGAUAACAGUUGCGAUCUGCACAUCUCUGCUGUUUUUCUUCCCCAAACCUGUGGGUAUUCGACCAUUUCUUGUGUCAGUAAUGCUCAGAUCAAUAUAUACAAUAGGUCUUGGGCCUACGUUAAUACUUCUUGGUGCAGCUAAUCUUUGUAAUAAAAUAGUAUUUCUGGUGAGUUUUGUCGGAAACCGUGGCACAUUCACUCGAGGGUACCGAGCAGUCAUCCUGGAUAUGGCCUUUCUCUACCAUGUGGCAUAUGUCCUGGUUUGUAUGCUGGGCCUCUUUGUCCAUGAAUUCUUCUAUAGCUUCCUGCUUUUCGAUUUGGUGUACAGAGAAGAGACAUUGCUCAAUGUCAUAAAAAGUGUCACACGAAAUGGCCGCUCCAUUAUUCUAACUGCAGUUCUCGCUCUCAUCCUUGUCUACCUGUUUUCCAUUAUUGGGUUCCUUUUUUUGAAGGAUGACUUCACUAUGGAAGUGGAUAGGCUGAAAAACAGAACUCCUGUUACAGGUAGUAAUGGAGUUCCUACCAUGACCUUAACUUCAAUGAUGGGAACAUGUGAGAAGGAGAAUUGUUCACCCACGAUACCAGCUUCAAACACAGGUGAUGAAGAGUAUGAAGAUGGAAUUGAAAGGAUGUGUGACACUCUGCUUAUGUGCAUCGUCACUGUAUUAAACCAGGGCCUCAGGAACGGUGGAGGUGUGGGAGAUGUGCUGAGAAGGCCCUCAAAAGAUGAGCCUUUGUUUGCUGCCCGGGUGGUUUAUGAUCUUCUGUUUUUUUUCAUUGUUAUCAUUAUUGUUCUUAACUUGAUUUUUGGUGUUAUCAUUGAUACCUUUGCUGAUCUCAGAAGUGAAAAACAGAAAAAAGAAGAAAUUCUAAAGACAACCUGCUUUAUCUGUGGACUCGAGAGGGACAAGUUUGAUAACAAAACUGUUUCAUUUGAAGAGCACAUUAAGUCAGAACACAGUAUGUGGCAUUAUUUGUACUUCAUCGUCCUGGUGAAAGUUAAAGACCCAACUGAAUACACUGGACCUGAAAGUUAUGUGGCUCAAAUGAUUGUGGAGAAGAAUUUGGACUGGUUUCCUCGGAUGCGAGCCAUGUCCCUUGUUAGCAAUGAAGGUGACAGUGAGCAAAAUGAGAUUCGGAACCUGCAGGAGAAGUUGGAAUCGACCAUGAGUCUGGUCAAACAGCUGUCGGGUCAGCUGGCGGAGCUGAAGGAGCAGAUGACAGAACAAAGGAAGAAUAAGCAGAGACUGGGCUUUCUGGGUUCAAACACACCCCAUGUGAAUCAUCACAUGCCACCACACUGAUACCAUGGGGCUUAGCCGUGACUAGCCUUUCAUCAGUGCCCUGCCUGAUUCUUGAAUAAAGAGCUGGGAUGGAGGGGAGUGAACAGUGCCUAUUGUUGAAAAGUUAAAAACAACCAAGUGCCAAGAUGUUAAGUGGUUUAGCUCUGAGAACAAUUUCUAACUGUGUUUUCAUGGUUGAGAAGACCAAGCCUUAAAUGCAGCAGCUAGAAAGCACACAUCACACAUUCUUAACGCAACGUGAAGUAACUUGUUCAAAUGGAUGGAAAGGGCAGGGAGGGACGGGGGGAAGGAGACAUGGGGCAGCUAUGACUGAUUAGAGUCAGUUUUGUCUUAAAUGCCGACAGAAACCUUUGUCGUGGUUGGUUGGAAUUUAUUUCUUUUAAUUGUAGCAUAUGGGUCAGUGUUAUGGGAAGUAAUACUUUGGUGGCUAAGUUUUACUAAGGAAAAUAACUGAAAAAGAUAAAACGACAAGGGUUGGAAAGAAAAAUGUUAAUGCUUCCAUGCUGUAUUUCUCUCAGGGCAGUUUUUCCUUAUUGAGAUCACGAAACACAGAGGAUUUACAGCGCUGGGAACUUAGUGCUUUGGAGCUUAAGCCCCUCACGCUGACAACACAACCAGAACGUGAUUGCUUUCUCCUUGGCUCAGAGGUGCUCUGUCAAUGUGGAGCACAAAGGGGAUUUUCACAUAACUUGUUAAAAACAUGUUUUAAGUCAUAUAUAGUCUAAGAUUUUAAAAGAUUUUGGGAAGAAAAAGCUGACAGUAAGCCCCAGGGAAGAAUACUUUUAGAAUAUAUGUCUGCUAUUAAAAUACAUUGAGAUUAAUAAAUGAAAAAGCUUAAAGGUGACAGGAAAUAUUGAGACUCUUACGAUGGUGGCAUUGCCUUUUAGAAAAUGGAGUAAAAGCUAUUUGAUUCAUAUUUGCUUUCCUCAAGGAACUGAGUGCUUUUAUUUAUUCUAAUCCUGCAGUAGGGAAAAAUAAUCCAAGAAAUUUUUUGAACACUCAAAAAAAGGAACAUCUCAAUUGCGUAUCUUCCUACUGUAUCAGUAAGGGGUUUUGAAAAUGUAGAAAGAUAAUAAUCUCUCUCCCAAAUUGUUUUCAUGUGAAAUUAUGUAACCAGGCUUUGUGGAGGGAGAAGAUAACCCUCCAUGCUCAGAUUAUUCUUAGAGACUAUACAUUUAGUAUGUUAGAGCAAUACACAGAUAAUGAAAAUGUUAAGAGAACUGCUUUGUGGCAAGGGUGCAAAGCACAUGACACUAGUCUCUGGAAGUCACUUUGCAAAUUGACAUUCUGGCUCCUGCCCCACAAGAACAAAAAAUUGCCUCCAGAGUCUUUAAACUUUCACUUAUUACCACUAAGGUUUAAGGUCCAAAUAGGGUUUGUAAUCACUGUUUCAAAGCUUUUGGAUUUGUCUAAUAUUACUUAUUAGUUGCUAAAAAUCUCAAAUCAUGGUUUGUGGAGAAUGUAAAGAAAGCCUGAACCAAUUCUUCUACACAUCGUUAAAAUGUAGACUUGGAUCAAAGCUGUUGGAACUCAUAGGAACAAAUUUUUGGACUGAAUCCACUGAUAGACCCAGUAUCAUCCCAAGCUAAGCCUUCUUUACUUUGACAUGAUAGUAUUUUUCCUGACUGAUCUCUGAAGGACCAUGACAUCCAUGGUCCAAAAAUAAUAAGAAGUUGAGAAGUUUCUGCUUUCAGCUGACAACUUUGAACCUAGUAAGGAUUCAAUAAAUGCUUGAGAAAUUCAGCUAUCAUUCAAUUACCCUUAAUUCAUUACUCAAUUAAAACCUUAGAAUGUAUCACAAUUUUGUUUUUUAAAUGGCUUCACCCAAAUAAAAGUAGUGCAGCCAUUUUUUGUUUUUGUUUUUUUAAUCCAAGACUAUCAUUGUUAUCAGCAGUAUUAGGUGAAGGGUACACUUUAAAAUAUUUCAAUCAGGCAGAAAGUUUUACAGGUGGGGAAAAGAAGAGAAAAGUGGUAAAUAGUGACAAUAUUCCAAUGUAGGAACCCAUCUCUAUUUCAGCAUAAAAUAAAAUAUUUCUGAUGUCUGAACUAAAAUUCAAGAGAAUAAAUUGAUUUGUGCAGUUGUGAGCAGCCUGCGUUUCAGAUGAUGAACUAUCUAGUCGUUUCUGACACAGUGGUAGUUGCUCUUACAGGGAGUAAGCCAUUGGGUAUGUAACUGCUAUCUGGAAAUGACCUAAACUCUCCAACCACUGUGUAGUGGCAGCUCACAGUUGUACAGCUUUUCUUCUCCUCUGGAAGUAUCCAGGAGUUUGCAGCUAACAAGACUAUUAUUGAUCAAAAUUUAAAUAUUUCUGAGUUGUAUUUUUAAUGCCUCUUUCUUUCCUGCCUAAAUGCUUAGAGAUUAUGAAGCAAAAUAAACAAAAAACAAACAAAAAAGGCCCUUUCUAGGACAUUAAAUUUACAACAGAGAAGAUACUAAUGGGGAAACUUGACAUUUUCAAUAAAAUUAUACUUGUUUUAUAUAUAUAACAAAUAUAUAUAUAUAUAUGUUUGUUAAUGUAACUGGAAUAUUUGACCUAGGCAAGUAUCAAUUAAUACCCUUAUAUUUAUAUAGUGAUAUUAAAAUAAAAUCAUCUUUGACUUUAAUGUUAAGGAAAAUGUUUAAUGUUUAGUUAUUAAAAUCCAUAUUGGUUUAAAAGGAUCAGGUUCUGCUAAUUGUAAUUUUUAAUUUCAAAGGGAUUUUGUUUCACUAUAUGUUCCAUUAUGAGACCCAAGAGUUUAAAUGCAAUUAUGCUGCAUUAAAACAUCAUUUUAAAACAUUUUUAGGUGAGAAAAUUGUACAACACUAUAAUAUUCAUAAAUAAAUUGUAUACAUUGAAAAAUUUAUCAUAUUUUCUACCCCUUAAAAAAGUUAGUUUAGAAAAGGGCUUUUUCUUUUGCAUAUUUUUCUGUUGUUAAAGAGAAUUCAGUUUCUAGUAGAUUGUUGAUCGGAUCAGGAAGACAUUUCAUUCAAAUCAGAACUAAUUGCAUGCCUAUUCCUGUAUUCUCAGCUCACAACCCAAUGUUUUGGUGGCUCUUUUAUUUUACAGUUGUUUUAUAACAAAUAGUAGUGCAGUAUGCCCCACCCCUUACCCCCCACCUCCCAGGACGGAAAUUGCAUAGAGAGGCUGGGGAAGCUUUGAGGGAAAGUAAAGAAUGAGCCUUCAGCUUCCCAGUACACUACCAUUAGGGAAAAGAAAGAAUAAACUUUAGAGAAUAGCAAAAAAAGAGCUCACCCUCCAGGAUCCAGUAGACUUGGACAUAAGUAAGUAAAUAUUGCACAGGCAUAAUGAUGUAACAGAUUAUAGACUCAAGAAAAUGGCCUUAAACAUACUGAGAAUAAUGACUUGUGAAAGAGCAUCUAUAAAAUGGCUUGUUCCUAUAGCUGUUGUUAAAGCUAUGUGGAAUGACAGAGCAGCACAGUGUGACCCACAAACCCAAUUCCAAUACACUGUAAUACAUGAUGCAAUGCAAAGCAGCGGAGCAGCAUCUUAAACACAAACACAGAUGCAUACAUAGGCCAGACAAGUAACCGAAAUGCUAUGUGAGUACGGAGUGUGUGCUGUGUGUAAGGAGUUGAGGAGGCCACAGUGAGCUCUCUAUUUUCAAAAUUUGACAGCUAAUUUCAGAUUUUAGAACAUGCGUGAGGCCAAAUGAGGUCCUUUAGCCACUCAUUUGCUGUGUCUGAAAUAAGUAUUGAUAAAGCUAUCUCAUUUGAUAGGAAAAAAACCCACAUACACACAAAACCAAGCAAAGGAGCUAAAAUGCAUGUGAAAAUUGAGAAAUCUGAAAACAAAUCCAGGUAUCAUCUCUGGAGUGUUUUCAUGGACUUGAAUAAUUUAUGCAAUUUUCAUGCCGGUACUUCUGAUAUCACUAGCAGACGUUUGUUUUCCUGGAGUACAGGAUUAAUAUAUUGGCCUCAAAAAACUUGAUUCUAAUAAAAUAUGUCAAGACCAGAUUAGUAUAACUUAUAACUUAGUAAACUUGGAUUUACAUAACUUUUUUGCAUGUGAUACUUUAACUUCUUUAUUUAUCUCUUACCAACCAAGCCAAAACCUGUUGUUGUGGAGUCGAUUCUGACUCAUAGCGACCCUAUAGGACAGAGUAGAACUGCUCCAUAGAGUUUCCAAGGAGCGCCUGGUGGAUUCCAACUGCUGACCUUUUGGUUAGCAGCCGUGGCUCUUAACCACUACGCCACCAGGAUUUCCCAUAUCUUACUAUGUUUCUAAAUAACAAUUCCAUUGGUGUGAAAAGGCAUUAUUACUCCUAUUUUACAAAGCGAGAUACGAGGCACAAAAAUUUUGGUGACUUGAACUAUGAAAACUCAUUGCCGUCAAGUCAAUUCCAACUCAUAGUGACCCUGUAGGACAGAGUAGAACUGCCCCAUAGGGUUUCCAAGGAGCGGCUGGUGGAUUCAAACUGCCAACCUUUUGGUUAGCUGUCGAACUCUUAACUAAUGCACCACCAGGGCCUCAGCUUGAACUAUACUGAUGAGCAAAUCCUGAUGGAUUGAUGUGCCCAGGGUUUACUGGGGAUUAGUCAAAUCCCCAAUUUAUCAACAUCUCCUUGGAUAAUAUCAGCAUCGUGUCUGAUGGCCAUCAUGCGCUCAGUGGGCAAAGACCAUCUGUUCAUGUAGUAUUUCCUCGUUCUAAACAUCCAGUACUUCAAAUAAAUGAUAGUUCCCCUCAGAAGAGAGCUAAGCACGCAACAGCGGAAGUCAACAGAGGUUGAACAAGUCACAUGCAGUCUAUGAAUAGAGUUCUUUACUCAUAUGGGUAUUUUCCAGUGUGCCACAGUUCCUUGAAUAAGUGAGGCAAUUGUUUUGUUUGGCUUUUGCAAAUUGGAGGAAAGUUUGGGGGAGGGACAUUGGACAACCGAGCUCCUCUUCCAGUGAGAGUAAUUGGCACUAAAGGCAGUAGUAUGUAUGUGGAGGGGAGUGCUUUGACCAGAGCCUUCAAAAGCCUACUCUGCAGAGCACAUCCUCAGAUGAAGAAUCUGUGUACUUUAGCCUCUCCUGUGCCCCUACCCCACAGCAGAGGCGCAUGGAGUCGGCCACAUGGCAAGCAAAGAAACCCAUAUCAAACUUUAUGCCAGUAGGAAAUUUAUAGGAACAGAGAUUAGUUGUUAGUUCAAACUCAGUUUGACUCAAUUUAACAGAAAAUUCUGGUUCUACAGUUUCAAUAUGGAUUUUCCCUAGAUUAGCCUACUCACUUUUAACUGUGGCCCUUGGGGUAAAAUUUACUCCAGGUAGUUACCCUGGAGCCCUGGUGGUGCAGUGGUUAAGGGCUCGGCUGCUAACUGAAAGUUGGGCAGCUCUGGUGGCGCAGUAGUUAAAUGUUACACUGCUGACCAAAAGGUUGGCAGUUUGAAUCCACCAGCCGCCCCUUGGAAACCUUAUGGGGCAGUACUCUGUUCUGUAGGGUUGCUAUGAUUCAGAAUUGACUCAAUGGCAAUGGGGAACAGCACUGACCAUGGAUGCAAGUGUCUGUUUCCUCUACGAUUCACUGCAGCACAUCCUUCCAAAGCCUCUCCCUAAAGCCUAUUUGCAUAGGAAAAGGUUUCUUCCAAAACGGCUCCCUGUUCUUAUAACUGUGCUUUUUGUUUUGUUUUUAUAAUUGUCUUCACUUUGGACAAUUGUAUCCUCCUUUCUGUAUACCAUAACUUGUUUUCUCCUCUCUUUCAACAUGGGUCAAAAGAUUAUAAUCCUGGUCUUCUCUGCAGAAUAUUCAAAUAAGAAUUAUGUGAACAGAAUAGCUUAAAAUUCAGCCCUACUUUAUAAAAAGUUAAUAUAUGACUAUUGAUUCCGGUUUGAUCAGGGAAGCCAACCACUAUGAGUAAUAUGGAAGAAGAAUUUUUUUUAGGGACUAGACAUUAUACAAUUGUGGUGAAGAGCUGGGGAAAGCUCUGGAAGGCUGGGGCUUCUGCAUCUGGUAGUGGACCUGAAGUCACUGUAAUUCAACAGUUACAGUUGGGAAGAAAGCUUGGAGAGAAGCAAGAGAAAGGAAAAGCAAACUGGAACCCAUGGGGACUGAAAUUUGCAACUAUCUCUCACCACCUCCAAACUCCCUAGCGCAGGUUACCUAAAAAAUAAGCUGGUGUCCUUCACCUUGGGUGCAUAUACACCUGACCCAGGAUUCAGAGAAACUGAAGGAGGAGAUCUGAUGGGAGUUGAAGGAGCUGUGGGCCGGGUACUGCCCACACCAACAAGGUGAGCCAGAGGAUCAGGGUGUGAGCUGCAGUGACACCUGUUACUCUUUCAGAGCUUAAUGGCUGCUGCUUCACUUCUACCUUCCAAAUCUCAUGAAACUAUCCCCUGUGGUCAAACCUAAUCUGUAACCAUAAGAGGAAGGAAAUUCUAGGAAUAGUAGUUCCAACUUAGUCAAAUUUGACUUAGCCCAAAACCACUUCACUGGUAGAUCUCACUAAUGCUCAGUCACCAAGAAGUGAUACUCCUUUUCAUACUGGGUGCAUGGAAGACACACUCCCCGGCACCCAGUGCAAUGAGGUGAAGGGACAUGACUAGUUCUGACCAAUGGAUUGUGAGUGGAACUGACAAGCUGAGCCAGUAAAAAGCCCCUGUGCAGCCUUCAGUCCUUUCCCUGCUGGGCCAAUUGUUAAGACAGAUGGUGGAGCCCAAGUUAGAACCAGCCUGAAUCCCUGAGUCACCUCUUUGAAGAGAACUAUACUGGAGGACCUGAAACCCACAGAAGAAUUGAUUUGAGUGAGAAAUAAACUUUUAUGUGUUAAGCCAUUGAAAUUUAAGGGGAGAUUUUAGUGUUGCUAAAUAAAUGUGUGUGUGUGUGUGUGAUAAUUUGUUACCACAGCAUAACCCAGCCUAACUGACUAAUACAGACAUAAUACAGUUGCAAAAUAUGCAACUGGGAUUUAUCCAAGAAAAUAUAAAAUAAAGAAAAAUCUGUAUAUACAAAAUGUUCAUCAUAUCAUAUCAUUAUUUAUAAUUCAAUAACUUAAAUACAGCCCAAAUGUGCCAUUAUGUGACUGUGUUUAAAACUUAUGAUUUAGCCAUAGGAUGGAAUAUUAUGAAAUCCAUGAGAAGUAUGGAAACUGAGGCAACAUAGGAAAACGGGCAGAGUCAGUUUAGAAAAAUGUCUAAAAAUUUGUAAAGACACUAUUAUCUUAAUUAUGUAAAAACAUGCUUCUCAAAAGAACUCAAAAGGAACUUGGACAGAAUAUACUAUAAUGAUAUUCAUUGUAAAAUGGUUACGGAGUUAUACUUUAUUUUCCAUUUUCUUUUUCUAAGCUUUCUGUAAAUUUUAAAUUGCUUUUUAAAAUUUAAAAAUGUCUUAUAAAAGAAAUUGAAAGUUGUCUUAAGUCCAGCAAGUGGUUCCUAAGAACAAGUUUUUGUAAACUCAUUUAUAUUUUUAUGGGCUCACUGAAGGUGUAGAUAAGUGAAUACCAUAGCCACAGUUUAUAUUGAUUUCAACAAGACAUUUAAGAAAAGUUUGCGUGGUAUUCCUGUGGACAAGAUAGAGAAAUUUGUCCUGCAUGAAGGUAAAGUUCUAUAAAUUUGUAUGCAAGUGAAUGAUUUUACUUAAUGUGAACCUAGAGUAAAAUAUCCUUGGCCUGUGGCUAGAGCUCUGUCCUUGGCCCUUUCCCAACCAAAGUUUCUAUCAUUGUCUGGAAUAAAGAAAUAGAUGGCAAAAUUAUAAAAUGUGGAGAUGACAAAGUUGGAAAGUAAAAUAAACAUGAUUGAGGACAGACUAACAAUAAUUGAGAAAACUGGAACAAUGAACAAAGCUAUUCUGAUGAAAUUUAACUGGGAGAAAUAUAAACUUCAGCUCCAAAAAUCUCAGCUGCAUAAAUUUAGAAUAGAGCAGACAUCCAUUCAUGUAACAAACAAACCUUGAGUUUUUUAAUAACCUCUAGCUCCAUAUUUACAUAUUUAUUUAUUUCAAUAAAUAUUUAUAUACUACUUAUUUAUAUGUCAGGAUUAUUGCAGUAGUAUAGGCAAGAUAUGAUGAAGUCUUUAUCUCAAAGGGUAGGCAGUAGGGAUGAAAAGAAAGGUUAGUUACAAGAAAUAUUCAAAAGGGAGAAUCUACAAAACUUGGGGCUCAAUUGUGUAUUAAGUGAAAAAUUUAUUUUAUAAGAGUCAGCACAAAGCUGGCUCCUAUGGAGUGGAGAUUAAAGAUGUCCCAAAUAUCCAACUUUUCCAAAUUGGUGCACCACUCCAUCAUCUCUAACAUCAAUACUCCCUCUCCCCUCACUACUCUCCCUCCUGACUUUGGGUCUGGUAAUUCGCUGCAACGUCUCACAGAACUCAUAAACCAUGCUUAUUACAGUUAAGUGGUUUAUUAGGGAAGUAACAGAGUACAACUCAGGAUCGGGAUCAACUUGGAAGUAACAGGAACAACAACUCAAGAUGCAGUUCCUUGAUCAAGACAGCUUCUUCUCACCUUCUACCACCGGGCCUUGCUGGAGUCUUGCUGCUGCUGGGCCCUGCUAGGAAUCUUCUGUCACCGGGCCCUGCUGAGGCAAGUGUUGCACCUCUUAGCUCUGUGUGACCCCACCACAUGCCAGUCUCCUGGUCCCUGUCUGCUCUCACCGCAGUCUCUCACUGUCUUCUGUGUUACAGCUCCUUUCUCUCCAUGUCUCCCUUUAAAUGUAGCAGGAUGUCAAAACUGACCAAUCUCUUCCUUAGGAUUCCAUAUACCUUAUUUGCAUGGUCCCACUCCCACAAAGAUGCCAUGCACUUUUCUAAUCCCCUUGGUGGGCCACAAGCGCCUUAUUUGCAUAGCCCUACCAGGACAUUCGAUGGGAGUUAAAAAACCAUGGAGAGAAAAGACAUAUAAAAGUGAUCCAUUGUACCACAGGUGUCAAAUAAGAAAGAGAGGAUAGGCAAAGGUUAUGAACAGGGACUUCACCAAAGAAGCCAUUCAGGCGGCUAACAGAUACAUGAGGA